AUGGAAUGCAACAAGGAGGACGCUAUAAAGGCAAUGGAUAUUGCCAAGAGGAAAAUUGCGGAGAAUGAUUACAACGGGGCGAAGAAACUAGCAAACAAGGCUCAGAAUUUGUAUCCAAAGCUUGAUGGGUUGAAACAAGUUAUGAUGUUGAUUGAUGUUUAUAUCUCUCUCGGCUGGAAACAAAAUCAUUGCAAAGAAAGUAAACAAACAAUGGAAUCUAACGAGGAAGAAGCCAAAAUAGCAAUGGAUACGGCUGAGAAGAAACUCUCGGAGAAUGAUUACAAUGGAGCGAAAACAUUCGUCGACAAGGCUAAGAAAUUGUAUCCAAACCUUGAUGGUUUGAAACAAGUGUUGAGGAUGAUCGAUGUUUAUAUCUUUGCAUCAAACAAGAUCAACGGAGAAGCUGACUGGUACGGAGUUCUCAACGUAGAUCCUUUAUCUGAUGAUGAAGCGGUGAAGAAACAGUACAAGAAGCUGGCUCUUUUGCUUCAUCCGGACAAGAACAGGUUUAAUGGCGCUGAAGGCGCGUUUAAGCUGGAUCCAUCAGAGCCACACGAAUACGAGUCCGGGUCCAGGUACAGAUCCGAGCCUGAGCCUGAGCAGCCUGAUCCUGAUUCUUCAUGGAAACAGGAAAAUCCAUGGGAACCAGAGGAAGUCAUUUUCUUUUGGACAUGUUUCGUUGCGACCGAGAUCAUUCCAGAGAUGGUCGAUGGGAGGCCAGUCUACAGAUUUAGUGCCAAGUUUCAACGAACAAGCGAAAGUACAAGUGAUGAUGCUUCUUCUUCGAACACUUCAGAUUCUGAUAGCGCAAAUCAAGCAGAAGAAAAUAUUCUUCCAGCUACUUCUGCUAGAGGUGAUGAAAAGGAAGCAUAG